AAUUAGAUAGUUUGCAGUCAUCCAAAUGGAUCGAAAGACAGACAGUCAGCCAGUUGCAUUAUGCCGAUGUUUGAAGGUUGAAGAUGAUGCUGCAGCUGGUGAUGAAGCUGAUGGCGUUGAUUAGCUUUGGUGUUGGUGUUUCCAAAUGAAAUUUAAAAUUUAUAUUAGUUAUCUAUAUAACGUCGAAGCGACCAUCGGACGGAUUUCAGUUUUAUUUUGGAAACAUUGCUAUAAGAGGUUAUACUGCAGUUUUUGGUGUAGACAACAAGGCAUAGGAAAAUUGGAAAACAAAAUGAAGAUUUACUUCGUUUUAUUUGCCGUUUGGGUGGCUAAAAGUUCAGCGGGUUUUCUGGAAGCUGGCCACUAUUAUCAGCCUCAACAAGCUCCACCACCACCACCACAGUACCCAAUACCUCAAGCCCCUGCGCCUAUUGCUGAUAAUACUCCAAGGGCUUAUACAUUUCGGGUCUUUCAUCAACCCCAAGAACAACAACAACAAUAUUUGCCACCACAAACAACAACAACAACCACCCAGAAUUACAAAAUCAUCAAGGUAAUACCGGAACCAUCGCAGCCAAAUGUGGUUCGAGUUAUACAUCAACAGCAGCCGCAACAACAACAAUACCCUCAGCCGGCAGUUGGAUCGGUGAGCUAUGUCAAUGUGCUUCAUGCGGAGGAAAAUCCCCAGGCUACGGGUUAUGGAGGCCAGUAUCAAAAUGGUUAUUCCCAUGGGAGUUAUGUCAAUCAACAAACAAUUCAGCAGCCCGCACCCUCACCUCUUUAUCAGCAUCCCCACCACACUGUACAACAUCAGCAGCAGCAACAACAACAGCCACAGGUGCAAAUCCCCUACUUCAAACCCCUUCCCCAGAAAUAUUUUGGCAUCUAUGCCAAGAAAAAUGGCAUCCUUGGCAAAAAGGAGAUUGGUUUCUAUGCCGGCAAAACCCCCUCCACCUACGCCAGUGGUAAUCUCGAUUCCAAGACUUAUAGUGAAGGUGUUGCUGGUGCCAAUGCCCACCAUGACUUCUCCAAGGAGGUUGGCAUUUAUGCCAAGAAAAAUGGUCUCCUUCUGGGGAAAAAAGAAAUCGGAUUUUAUGUCGACAAGAAACCCUCCAGCUAUGCCAGUAAUUAUCCCGCCUCCAAUGAGUACGUCCCGGAAAAAGCCAAAGGUUAUGGCGAAGAGGAUGCCGACGUGCCCUCCAAUAGCGACUUUUCCAAACAGAUUGGCAUUUAUGCCAAGAAAAAUGGCGUUGUCCUGGGGAAAAAAGAAAUCGGUUUUUAUGUCAAUAAAAAACCCUCAACUUACUCGGGCGGUUACAUCGACUUCGACAAGGAUGCCGUCGAAGAGGGCAAAGAACUAAGUGAUCAUGUUGCCGAGGUGGAUCCCCAUGCUGAAUUUUUGAAACAUUUUAAAUUCUUCUUUACCGCUUUUGGUGGUGCCUUGGCCAGUGGUAUCCAUUGAAGCGAAGGCGUAUGUUAACCCAAAGUCUGAAAUUAGUUGUUAAGAGUCAUGGUAAAGUUACAGAAUGUCCUUUUUAGAACGAAAAUAAAAC